UUUAUGACGAACCCUCCGGGCUUGCGGGCCAGAACGUGAGAGAGCUUUCUGCUGAAGAUGACGGGCCUGCGUUCCAGGGCGGCUUGUCGAAAGGCCGGGAGCGCGUAGCCGCUUCCGCCUCAACCGCGGGAUGGGGUUUUGUGAGCUCCUAGCGCCAAGGGGGUUUUCUUUCCACCAGACCACCGCUGUAAAUCUCGAGGGUCUUACCCAUUAGAAGUUAGAAUUCACAUUUGACGUUUAAAGGAAGGAUUUCCUUAGUACCUUCUGACAAGCACGCACUUCGCAUUUUUAGAUUUCUAGAGUUUUCUUUGUGGAAAGUAAUUUUGAGGUUGUCAGAGAAUAAAUAACGUUAGAAAGGUUUUUAAAGUAAACCAAGAAUGUCAGAUGAUAGCCUGGAAUUUUCUCUUAGUUGUAAAUGAAUAUCUUACUGAGAACCACGUUAACCAUGCCUGCCCCUCAAAGAUAGGAAAGUUUGGAUAUAUAGAAACUUUCUCGUAUUAGAAAUACCGAAGUGCAAUGGUUUUGUGUAUACAGGGUAUUAGGCAAUAGGUGGCUAUUUUUAAGACUAUGGUUGAAUUAGCAGAAAGACCAAAAGAAGAUCUAACAGCUCUUGUCAGUUGUCAAGGAUAACUUUGAUGAUAAGUUUAUACCAUGGAUAGCACAAAGGAGAAGUGUGACAGUUACAAAGAUGAUCUUCUGCUUAGGAUGGGACUUAAUGAUAAUAAAGCAGGAAUGGAAGGAUUAGAUAAAGAGAAAAUUAACAAAAUUAUAAUGGAAGCCACAAAGGGGUCCAGAUUUUAUGGAAAUGAGCUCAAGAAAGAAAAGCAGGUCAACCAACGAAUUGAAAAUAUGAUGCAACAAAAAGCUCAAAUCACCAGCCAACAGCUAAGAAAAGCAAAAUUACAGGUUGACAGAUUUGCAAUGGAAUUAGAACAGAGCCGAAAUUUGAGCAAUACCAUAGUGCACAUUGACAUGGAUGCUUUCUAUGCAGCUGUAGAAAUGAGAGACAAUCCAGAAUUGAAGGAUAAACCCAUCGCUGUAGGAUCAAUGAGUAUGCUGUCUACUUCAAAUUACCAUGCAAGGAGGUUUGGUGUUCGUGCAGCCAUGCCAGGAUUUAUUGCUAAGAGACUCUGCCCACAACUUAUAAUAGUGCCCCCAAACUUUGACAAAUACCGAGCUGUGAGUAAAGAGGUUAAGGAAAUACUUGCUGAUUAUGAUCCCAAUUUUAUGGCCAUGAGUCUUGAUGAAGCCUACCUGAAUAUAACAAAGCACUUAGAAGAAAGACAAAAUUGGCCUGAGGAUAAAAGAAAGUAUUUCAUCAAAAUGGGAAACUCUGUAGAAAAUGAUAAUCCAGGAAAGGAAAUUAAUAAACUGAGUGAGCAUGAACGAUCCAUCUCUCCACUACUUUUUGAAGAGAGUCCUUCUGAUUUGCAGCCCCCAGGAGAUCCUUUCCAAGUGAACUUUGAAGAACAAAGCAGUCCUCAAAUACUCCAAAACUCAAUUGUUUUUGGAACAUCAGCGGAGGAAGUGGUAAAGGAAAUUCGUUUCAGAAUCGAGCAAAAAACAACAUUGACAGCCAGUGCAGGCAUUGCCCCAAAUACAAUGUUAGCAAAAGUAUGCAGUGAUAAGAAUAAACCAAAUGGACAAUACCAAAUUCUUCCCAAUAGACAAGCUGUGAUGGACUUCAUCAAGGAUUUACCCAUUAGAAAGGUUUCUGGAAUAGGAAAAGUUACAGAGAAAAUGUUGAAGGCCCUUGGAAUUAUUACAUGUACAGAACUUUACCAACAGAGGGCAUUGCUUUCUCUCCUUUUCUCUGAAACAUCUUGGCAUUAUUUCCUUCAUAUCUCCUUGGGUCUAGGUUCAACAUACCUGACAAGGGAUGGAGAGAGGAAGAGUAUGAGCGUUGAGAGGACAUUCAGUGAGAUAAAUAAAGCGGAAGAACAAUACAGCCUAUGUGAAGAACUUUGCAGUGAACUUGCUCGAGAUCUACAGAAAGAAGGACUUAAGGGUAGAACUGUUACCAUUAAGUUGAAGAAUGUGAAUUUUGAAGUAAAAACUCGUGCAUCUACAGUUUCAUCUGUUGUUUCUACUGCAGAAGAAAUAUUUGCCAUUGCUAAGGAAUUGCUAAAAACAGAAAUUGAUGCUGAUUUUCCACAUCCCUUGAGAUUAAGACUUAUGGGUGUUCGGAUAUCUAGUUUUCCCAAUGAAGAAGACAGGAAACACCAACAAAGGAGCAUUAUUGGCUUUUUACAGGCUGGAAACCAAGCCCUGUCAGCCACUGGGUGUAUACUAGAGAAAACGGACAAAGAUACGUUUGUAAAACCUCUAGAAAUGUCUCAUAAGAAGAGUUUCUUUGAUAAAAAACGAUCAGAAAGGAAAUGGUGUCGCCAAGAUACAUUUAAAUGUGAAACCGUGAAUAAACAAAGUUUCCAGACAUCACAACCAUUCGAAGUUUUAAAGAAGAAGAUGAGUGAGAAUUUGGAAAUAUCAGAGAAUUCAGAUACCUGUCAGAUAUUUACCUGUCCUGUUUGCUUUAGGGCACAAGGGUGCAUCAGUCUGGAAGCCUUUAAUAAACAUGUAGAUGCAUGUCUUGAUGGAUCUUCAAUCAGUGAAAACUCUGAAGUGUUCUCGUGUUCACAUGUUUCUGCUACCAGAGUCAACAAGAAAGAAAAUGUUCCUGCUUCUUCAUUUUGUGAGAAGCAAGAUUAUGAAGCCCAUCCAAAAAUUAAAGAAGUGUCUUCAGUAGAUUGUGUAGCUUUAGUAGAUACUAUAGAUAACUCAUCUAAAGCAGAAAGCAUAGAUGCUUUAAGUAAUAAGCAUAUCAAGGAGGAAUGUUCUAAUCUCCCAGACAAGUCUUUUAAUAUUGAGCACUGUCAUCAGAAUUCUUCUUGCACUGUUUCGUUGGAAAACGAAGAUGUUGGAUUAUUAAGCAGACAAGAAUCCUGCCAGCCUUACUUAUGUGAAGUGAUAACAGGCCAAGCUCUAGUUUGUCCUGUUUGUAAUGUAGAACAAAAGACUUCAGAUCUAACCUUGUUCAAUGUGCAUGUGGAUGUUUGCUUAAAUAAAAAUUUUAUUCAAGAAUUAAGAAAGGACAAAGUUAACCCAGUUAAUCAACCCAAAGAAAGCUCCAGAAGUACUGGUAGCUCAAGUGGAGUACAGAAGGCUGUAACAAAAACAAAAAGGCCAGGAUUGAUGACAAAGUACUCAUCAAAGAAAAUAAAACCAAACAAUCCCAAACAUACCCUUGAUAUGUUUUUUAAGUAAACAUUGAACAUUUUAUCAUUAA